GAUGAACAAACUCGUCAUAUGCUGAGGAACCUAUGUUGUAGUUGCGGUUUCUUACUUCAGUUAUAGGACUAACACAGUAAAGCAGAGACUAUAGACCGGUGCAUGUGCUCAGAGGAAGUGGAGGCGUAAAACAAUCAGCUGGGGAGUAAAACACAAUGGAUUUAUGGUAAUCAGUUUUCUGAAGAAAUGGACACAUCGGGGAGCUGCUAUCAGCGGCUGAGUGGGUCGACCAACGCAGAUCCGGCGUCCAAAUUUCUGGAUUCUGGAGCUGCGGACAUCCACUCUGUCUGUCAUAUGGAUGUGCAGGGUUAUAGACGAGUGCAGUGGAAGGUGUGGCUCUGCCACUUUGGAGCAGUAUGUUCCUUGGGUAUGCUACUGUUAUUGUUCAGGUGGCGACCUCGCCUCGGCGUUUUGGCUCGUUGCUCCUCCUGCCCCAUUCCAAUGGCAGAUACGUUACUAGUGAGGGAUAGUUAUGGACAGCAGUGCGUCAAAGCGGUACAAACAGAAGAGAUUGAAGAGGGGAGUUUAGGGCUUGCAGUAGGAGAGCUGGAUGAGAAUGAGUGCAGAGACAAUAUCCAGCUGCACAAAGAUGAGAAAACCCUAAUGCGAUACUACGUGUUUGAGGGCAUGCGAUAUGUAUGGUUGCCCAAAAAAGGGGCUUUCUGCAAAGUUAGUAUUCUUAGUGACGGUUGGACUUGUGCUGAUUUGCACCACUGUCAGCAAGGACUGAGUCAAAUGGACCACAUUUCAAGGAGACAGAUUUUCGGGGAAAAUAUCAUUGAUGUGCCUGUGAAAUCUUAUUUGCAAUUACUGUUUGAAGAGGUCCUCAAUCCCUUCUAUAUAUUUCAAGUAUUUAGCAUCGUCCUGUGGAUGUCGGAUAAUUACUACUUUUAUGCUGCUUGCAUCUUUGUAAUAUCUUUCAUAUCCAUCGGUGUAUCCUUGUAUGAGAUCCGGAAGCAAAGCCGCACUCUGCGCAGCAUGGCCCAACUCAUAGUGAAUGUCACUGUACGCAGAGCCACUGGAGAGGAGGAGUGUGUGAGUUCAGUGGAGCUGGUGCCAGGAGACUGUCUGGUGAUUCCAGCUGAAGGUCUGCACCUACCAUGCGAUGCUGCCCUGCUGGCCGGGGAGUGCAUGGUCAACGAGAGCAUGUUGACCGGUGAGAGCAUUCCUGUGAUGAAGACCCCAUUGCCUGUCUCUGAAGUGAAAUACAGCCCUGAGUCUCAACGCAGACACACUCUGUUCUGUGGUACACAGCUCAUCCAAGCCAAAGGGGGUUGUCCCAGUGGGAAGGGGACCAUAGCUGUAGUUACACGCACAGGCUUUUUCACUGCUAAAGGUGAUCUCAUCAGCUCUAUUCUCUACCCACAGCCAGUUAACUUCCGUUUUUAUGCAGAUGCCAUGAAGUUUCUACUUUUCUUAGGAGUCCUGGCACUGAUUGGCACAGUUUACAGUGUAGUGAUGCUUUGGAGGAGCAAUACAACAUGGGCACAGCUCGUGAUCCGUUCUCUGGACAUUGUAACCAUUGUGGUGCCUCCAGCUCUUCCUGCUGCUCUAACAACAGGCACAAUCUACGCCCAGCGGCGCCUCAAGAAAAACGGCGUGUUCUGCAUAAGUCCGCCUCGCAUCAAUGUCUGUGGAAAGAUUUCUCUCUUCUGCUUUGACAAGACCGGUACUCUGACCGAGGAGGGUCUGGAUGUGUGGGGGGUAAAGGAGGCUAAUAGAAAUGGUGCAGGGUUUGAUGAGCUGGUGUCUGAUCCCCGUCUUCUCUCCCCCGGACCCAUGCUGUGGGCAUUGGCCUCCUGCCACUCAGUAGUUUUACUUGGAGGUCAGCCCAUUGGAGACCCACUGGAACUCAAAAUGAUUGACUCUACAGGCUGGAAACUGGAGGAGCCGACUAAUGCACCGGACACAAGAGUUGAGUUCGGAAGUCACCUGAUCCUUGGAGUGAUGAGGCCACCUGCUUCAGAGUUCCAGCUUGAGGGCAUAUCCAUUAGUCAGCCUGUGGCUAUAGUACGCCGUUUCCCUUUUUCCUCCUCUCUACAGAGGAUGAGUGUGGUGACAGUGGGCUCGGGGGGAGGCUCAGCUUGCUGCUUCCUCAAAGGGGCGCCUGAGAUGGUGGCCAGCCACUGUGUGAAAGAAAGUAUACCUUCUCAGUUUACCAACGCACUCCGGGAGUUUGCGAGUGAGGGUUUCAGGGUCCUAGCGCUUGCCUACAAGGAGCUUGAUGCCCAGACAGACCUGAGCAGUAUUGAAAGGGUAGAUGUGGAGGCAGAUUUGCAGUUCCUGGGGCUGUUGGUGAUGAAGAACCAGGUGAAGCCUGAAAGUGCAGGAGUCAUCAGCAUUUUGAGACAAGCACUAAUCCGCCCCGUCAUGGUCACUGGGGAUAACAUUCUUACAGCCCUGAAUGUAGCAAGAGCAUGUGGAAUGAUGUCCCCACACGAGCAGAUUAUUUUUGUUCAUGCAUCGCCCCCUACUGCCAACUCAAUGGCAUUGUUACGAUUUCAUCAAGGUGAUGGUGCGUCUGCAGUCGUCAGCACUCAAGAGACCAAGGAUAUUCUGGAACAGGGCCUUUACCAGAACAGUAUUAAGUAUCAUUUGGCUAUAAAUGGAAAGUCCUUUGCAGCUCUGUGCGAUUAUUUUCCAGAGCAACUACCCAAGGUUCUGAUGAAAGGAACAGUGUAUGCACGGAUGUCUCCAGACCAGAAGACUCAACUGGUUAAAGCUUUACAGAAACUGAAUUAUAGAGUGGGCAUGUGUGGGGACGGAGCUAAUGAUUGCGGAGCGCUGAGGGCUGCUGAUGUCGGAGUCUCUCUGUCUGAGGCUGAGGCUUCUGUUGCCUCUCCCUUUACCUCCAAAUCUGACAACAUCAGCUGUGUGCCUUUGCUGAUCAGGGAGGGAAGAUGCUCACUGGUGACAUCCUUCAGUCUUUUCAAAUAUAUGGCAUUGUACAGUCUGAUCCAGUUUUCCUCUGUACUCAUCCUCUACACUGUGAAAACAAACUUGGGCGAUCUGCAGUUCCUCUUCUUUGACUUGCCCUUGGUGACUGUGCUUGCUAUAGUGAUGGGUCGAGGUGGCCCCAGUGAUAAGCUUCACCCCCAGCGGCCCGCCGCCAGCCUUCUAGCUCUGCCUGUUCUUUCUGCUUUACUUCUCCACACAGUGCUGCUCAUCCUGGGCCAGGUGGCUGCUCUGCUCAUCACCGAAUCACAGGAAUGGUACAUUCCUCUCAAUUCCACUCUGUCUGGAGCAGAAAAUUUGCCAAACAUGGAGGACUCAAGUGUGUUUGCACUCUCAGGAUUCCAGUACAUCAUCAUGUGUAUAGUUGUGACGAAAGGAUACCCUUACAAGAAACCGCUUUACAAAAAUGUUGUUUUUCUAUUCGUGCUGCUCGUCCUGUUUGCAGUAAUGUUUUGGUUGGUUCUGGGCCCCAGUACCGUUUUUCACCAUGUACUGCAGCUGUAUAACAUCACUGACAUGAACUACAAGCUGCUGCUGGUGGCACUCGCUGCUCUCAACUUCUUCAUAUGCUACUUCCUGGAGGUUCUUAUUGACACGUUUGUUCCGAACUGCCUCCGUACCCUUCGUGGAAAACGAGAGUCGAAAAAGGAGUACAAGCGUUUGGAUGCACAACUAGCAGAAACUCAAUCAUGGCCACCGCUGGAUCAGCUACUUUACCCGUCACAGUGUUCCGUCAUCGGAGUCAGCUAGCAUAAACCUCCGGGAACACUUGUAAUAAAAUAACUAAUCAUUAUGUUCCAUAACUAAAAGUGCCACUAAUUGACUACUACCUCCUAUUGCAUAGAUUUGGAGUCAGUGAAGUUAACACAUAAUAUUUGAUGAAAUUCUCCUCACGUUUUUGGCAGUCGUCAAUAAAACGUCUGCUCCAAGGAAAACCCAAACGACAUGGACCACAACAUCCAACCAAUCAGGAUAAGGUGGCAUUCUCCAGUAGCAUGCCAGUACAGUACACACUGCAUCUUGCACAUAAAUCAGAUGGCCAAAGUCACUGACUACAUUUUUCAGUGCUGCAAAUAUUUAUACAUGAAGGAUUUUUAUGAUUCAGUGAAGGACUGACUAAAGUGACGGAAUGUCAUUUGCACUGCACCGGCUCUCAGUCCUGUUAAUGGGAAAUGCUCAUUAUGAAAGUUUAUCUUGAUACAAAUGUGUACCGCCUAUUAUAUAUGGCACAGUUAUCAUAAUAAAGCAAUGUGUAUAAUAUUCAGGACUCUGACUUUUUACAAUAGUUCUUAAAUCCUAAUCUUUUAUACUUGCAAAUGUGAAUAGUAGCAUUUCUAAAAUAUAGAAAUUUAAAGCUUUGAAAUUCAUUACCUUAAAAAGUCUUUAUUAAAUGGGCAUUUUGUAAAGUAUUUACAAGUAGGUGUCCAUGUUCAUGAACAGCUCAUAAAUCGUUCUGGUUGAUUUGAUACAGUAUAACAGAUGAACAUUUGCAAAGAUUAAAGGGUACAUUCUCGUACAAAUCUAUAUUAUUCCAACAAAGAUUUUAAAUGACAACACAGCAAGGAGGGAUGGAGUUUGUGACUAGUAUAAGAAACUAAAGAGAGAAAGGCAGCGAGAUGCAAUGUGGUAGUAUGGUGCUUACUGUUUGUUGAAAUACAGCACAAACACUUGAACGGCUAAUGGGGCACAUUGUCUAAUUUUCUUUAAAAAAACAAAACAAAAACAAAACACAACCGUUAAAUUAUUUCUUAUAUGCUAUCCAGUACUCCAGUUUGAAGUGUCCUUGUGGCAGAUGAUCCACAUGCACAGCUACUAAAAACUAAUCAAUAGAUAUUUGAUUCAGUCAGCGACCUGAGUUCCUACUUCAGCAAAUACAAUGAAAUUUAUCAGCAGAUACAAAAGGAACCAGCAAUUUCCCUCCCCCUUUGAUUCUGUCCAAGACCACAAGCAUUUAUUACUUAAUUUGGAACUGAUAUCAUUAAAUAUUCCUACCUUCCCAAAUAAUAUAAAAAGGCAGAAAAGUAUCCCCCCCUUAAGUAAUUUGUGGGUUUUUUAAAAAAUAUUAUUCUUAAUUUCUUUUAUGUAGAAACCAGGACAGUCAUAGGAAGACCCAGGAUUAAAAUAAUAAUAAUAAUAAUAAUAAUAAUAAUAAUAAUAA